UGGCGUGGCUCGCGCACACCCGUCUACGCGCCUGAUUAGCUCGUGUCGAGCAUCCACAACACCCCGAGAAGGAUAAGAUCCCCCAGUCGCUGUAGACAAACACUAGCCCGUAAAAUUCCCCUCGCUCGUCCUCUCCCUCUCGGUUUUGCUCGCUCCCGAGCCGCCGUUGCCGCGCCAUCGUUGCCACCGUGGCCACCGGCCUUCCCUCGUCGCUCGAAGAUGUCCGGGGGCUCCGUCGUGGUCGGAUCCAUUACCACGUCGAAGAGCUCGAGCUAGGAUGCCCCGUAGCCUCGCCAUCGUCCUCGUCUUCACGCACGGCCGCCGCAUCACGCCGUCGUUUGCCACCCCAACGGGCCACCCUGGCGGCCUUGACCAUGUCCACGAGCCUCCCCACCCCGAGACCGACGCUGAUACCCUUGUGAUCGACUACAUCGACAACGAACCCUCCUUCUUGCCAGAGCAACCAGACUUGGAGUCCAGGAGCCAGACGCCACUGUCGAUGAUGACUGCUACUACUCGGGAGGUGCCUACUACUACGUUCAGGCCGCUGACAACGACCAGUAGUAGAUUAGGAGGAUCCCAGGCAGGAGGCCUGCGCCUCUUUCGAUCUGUAUCCCAGUUUGUGCUAGCCUUCUUAAGGCAAACUUGUUUAACUUAUAUCUGUACUCAGAUAUUGUUGCUUCCGCUGACUCGUCUAUGAUCGAGCUCUUGUAUUUGAGCCCUCGAGGCCCCUGGCUUGUAAUAUGAUGCU